UAAUUAAUGCUAAUUAACGCAAGAUGUUAGGAUGCAAAAUGGGCAUACUUUUUGUCAUCUUUUUGUCUCUUUGCAGCUGUUUUUCAUCCAGGUGUGGAGAGCUCACUGUUUUAGCUGUGUAUUAUACAACCCUUAAAUGGUCUCUUUCUAAAUUAAAGGUGGCCGUGUGCGACAUCGCGCCUCGAGGACUCAAAAUGGCGUCCACGUUUAUCGGGAACAGCACGGCGAUCCAGGAGCUUUUCAAGAGGAUUUCUGAGCAGUUUUCGGCGAUGUUUCGCAGGAAAGCGUUCCUCCACUGGUUCACCGGGGAGGGGAUGGACGAGAUGGAGUUCACGGAGGCCGAGAGCAACAUGAACGACCUGGUGGCCGAAUACCAACAAUAUCAAGAGGCCAACAUCAGCGAGGAGGAGCACGACUUCCACAGCGAGGAAGAGGAGGAGGAGGAGGACCACGAGGAAGACAGCUGGCACGCAGAGCGGGAGUUUGACGAGCCAAUCAGAGAGCAGGAGGACGGUUUUAGUCCAAUCAACUGACGGCAGAGGCGGGACAUGUCAAUCACUAAAUGUUUCUCUGGUGUCAUGAAGAGUUUUUGAUGAUUUUUGAAUUAAAAGUAGGAUUUAUUUUCACCUUCCACUUUUAACGCUUUAUAUCUCGAACUGGAUGUACUUUGUUUUUUCAAUAAAUCCCAACGUCAAGAUA